CUCAAAUGUAGCUUACUGGAUACCGAAUGGGAAAUGGUUCGCUUUACAUGACCGGAGUGGGCAGCUUGUGUUCAAUGAUAAAGCCCGUAUGCUAAAAAGCCACACUCUGACCCAGACGAUGACAUGCGGUGUCACCCGGGGACAAUUUACAGGAGGAUGCAGUCCGGGGGAACAUGCAGAGUGCACGGUCGACUCUGUAGUGUCCUGACUGAUGACAAAUAGCCGCUUUUAAAAUAAACGCCGAAGUUCAACUUUCUACCGGUUACCCGCGAAUGUGGCAGUAGCUCUUUUCUGACGUCCAAUUACCAUAGAACACCUGUACAAUCGCCCCUCAAAAAAAGUUGGAUGAAAUAUAACUUCGGAGCCAAUCCAUGACACACAGGGGCGGGACCUUCUCCUGCCAGUUAACCUGUAUGAUUGACGUUGAAUUUCUGAAGAUCAUCGCAGCCGUUGAAUGUAGGUCUAUACAGGGAGGAUGAAACUAUGAAGUGAGAACUGAAGCAAGAAGGACAAUGCAGGACGACCGGAAUUUUGUUUUUUCAGUUAAGUGUUUUCAGCGCCUUUCCCUCAAAAUAACCGGAUUGUAAGAAGAAACUCACUCGGAAUCAGCCUCUAUUGACCUUGCACAGCACGGUUUGAAAAUGAACCUGCGCCAUGCGGAGCUGUCCGACCUUAAGAAGCUGCAACCUCUCGUCGUUCUACCAGUACUCGGAGCAGUGCCAUGGACCAUUUAAUCCGAGCCAGCUCCGUCAUCAGAGUCUAGUGUCCCAGGGAGGUUUGCAUGGAUAGGAGGGCGACGAUGUGGCAGGGCACCAGGCAAGUGAGCCGGAAGACUGUCUGCGCACGCCUGUGAGUCCUCAGGGGAACUCCGCGAUCCUUGGCCUCUCCUACAGACCAGAGGGCAAAAGAGUCUUCAAAGGUUGUCUCGUCGUCAGUUGCAGUGCAGUGUCUGGAGAUGACGACCAAGAGGAAGUUCAUCGGCCGGCUGGUCCCCUGCCGCUGCUUCCGAGGUGAGGAGGAGGUCAUCUCCGUGCUGGACUACUCCCACUGCAGCCUGCAGCAGGUGCCCAAGGAGAUCUUCAGCUUCGAGCGCACCCUGGAGGAGCUCUACUUGGACGCCAACCAGAUCGAGGAGCUGCCCAAGCAACUCUUCAACUGUCAAGCCCUCCGGAAACUCAGCAUGCCUGACAACGACCUCUCCAGCCUGCCAACCACCAUCGCCAGCCUUGUCAACCUCAAGGAAUUAGAUAUCAGUAAAAAUGGGAUUCAGGAGUUCCCAGAUAACAUCAAAUGUUGUAAAAACCUGUCCGUGGUGGAGGCCAGUGUUAAUCCCAUAACCAAGCUCCCUGAUGGCUUCACCCAGCUCCUCAACCUGACACAGCUGUUCCUAAACGACGCCUUCCUGGAGUACCUGCCUGCCAACUUUGGGAGACUGUCCAAAUUAAAGAUCCUGGAACUCCGAGAGAACCAUCUGAAAACUAUGCCAAAGUCAAUACACAGAUUGUCACAGCUGGAGCGCUUAGACCUGGGAAGCAACGAGUUCACUGAUCUGCCAGAGGUUUUGGAGCAGAUACACAAUCUGAAAGAACUGUGGCUGGAUAACAACUCAAUACAGAGAAUACCUGGGUCUAUAGGCAAGCUGCGGCAGCUCAGGUACUUGGACUUGGCCAAGAACAGGAUCGAGGCUCUGGAUGCUGACAUCUCAGGAUGCGAGUCCUUAGAAGACCUCCUGCUGUCCUCAAACAUGCUGCAGCAGCUGCCCGACUCCAUAGGAAUGUUGAAAAAGCUGACAACGCUGAAAGUAGAUGACAACCAGCUUACCUCACUGCCUAACAACAUUGGAAGUGGACGCCCCAAAUUAGGUUUGGCGCUCCUAGAGGAGUUUGACUGCAGCUGUAAUGAACUGGAGUCGUUGCCUCCAACCAUUGGCUACCUGACCAGCCUGCGGACAUUUGCAGGCGACGAGAACUUCCUUACAGAACUGCCCAGGGAGAUUGGCAACUGCAGGAAUGUAACAGUCAUGUCCUUGCGCUCCAAUAAGUUGGAGUUUCUGCCUGACGAGAUCGGCCAGAUGACGAAGCUCCGCGUUCUCAACCUGAGCGACAAUAGGUUGAAAAAUCUACCGUUCACCUUCACCAAACUUAAAGAUCUUGCUGCACUUUGGCUAUCAGACAAUCAGUCGAAGGCCCUGAUACCUCUGCAGACAGAGGCCCACCCCGAGACGAAGCAGAGGGUCCUCACCAACUACAUGUUUCCUCAGCAGCCGCGACAUGAAGAGGACUACCAGUCGGACAGUGACAGCUUCAACCCCACCCUGUGGGAGGAGCAGCGGCAGCAGCGCCAGACCGUGGCCUUUGAGUUCGAGGAGAAGAAGGAAGAGGAGGACAAUUCAGGAAAAGUGAAGGUUGAGAUCAACCUGAAGCGGUACCCCACUCCCUACCCUGAGGACCUGAAGAACAUGGUGAAGAAUGUGCAGAGCCUGGUGGGCAAGGUGCCUCAUCCGCUGGCCACGGACAAGUGCUCCUCUGGCACCAACAUGGAGCACCACAACACAGACAAAUACGAGCCGCCAUGGCCCAUGCCCCCCAAAGAGGUGACAGAUAGAGAACUGAAAGAGUUCCAGCAGGCUCAGCUGGCUGAACAGAGUGCCAUCAUGAACUCCGCCAUCGAUAUCCCAAAGCGUAAAGACAAGGAGGACCUUACAGAGAGCUCGGAAAUUUCUUUACGUCACGUCGUCCACAAGCUGCCUCAACCAGAGAAUGUCAGCCUGUCCAUUGCAUCUUCCUGGUUCUGCCUCAUAGAUUCUCUGGGAGGCUCACCCAAUGACAUCCGCAUCUCCGACAUGAGACCCACUCUGGUGGAGCCGCCGAUGUACAAACCAAAGGUUGUGUUGCUGGGCAAAGAGAAGAAAGAGUCCACAGACGAGUCGGACCCUGAUAAGAUGCAUUGCCUGAACAACAGCGGCUCCUCUGCCACCUACUCCGACUACUCACCCUCACAGGGAUCCUCUGGCUCCUCCAACCCCCCGGGAAAUGUCGCCGCCCUGCAGGCGGCUGGCAAGGAAGGGGCGCUGCAGACUCACUGGACCAACAGGUUGGCUCAGUCUUUCCCUAAGCCCAUCGAGACCAAGCCCCUGCUGAGCCAGCGGGACACGCCCCCCUCCAGCACCCUGCAGCAGCGCGGGGAGAGGCGCCCGCUCAGUGACAACUUCGACAGCUGGAACGACACCCCCCACUACGACAACACGGGCUUCGUUGCCGAGGAGACGCCCAUGGAGACCCCUGGAGGCGGAGGCGUUGGUGGUGGUGGCGGUGGUGGCGGUGGUGGGGGGGGUGGCGGGGGCGGCAGCAGCGCCGGGAACCCCAUGUUGGGGUCGAAGCCGCGUAGCGCAUCGACGCACGGCCGGCGGCCCCUCAUGAGGCAGGAGCGCAUCGUAGGUGUGCCACUGGAGCUGGAGCAGCCCACCCACCCCUUCCACGGAGUCCGCACCACCCCUGAAACCGAAGUGCCUCCUCCCCAGCCCAACCCAUGGCAGAACUGGACCCGGACUCCGAGUCCUUUCGAGGACCGGACCGCGUUCCCCUCCAAGCUGGAGCUCACCCCGGCCAACAGCCCCAACCCAGACCGCAAGGACUUUGAGCAGGAGAUGGGUGAAAUGCCCGGCACCUUCCCUCUGACCGGAGCCUGGGGGUUCAUGGACCAGCGGGACCCAACGGCAGGGAGGGGUCACCCCACUGUCUUCGCGCAUGGCCAGGGCGGACGCAAGGAGCCCAACAAAAACACCCUGGUCAUCAGUAAGAGCUCCGAGAGACUCUCGCCGAUGAUGAAGGAGGUCAAAGCCAAGUUCAAAAAGUCACAGAGCAUUGACGAGAUCGACAUCGGCUCCUACAAGGUCUACAGCAUCCCGAUGGACAGCUAUAGCUCCAGCAUAGAGAACCAAGGAAGCGUGGACAGACCCGAUCUCCCUCCACCCAUGGAGCAGAGCAUGUCCAGGAGCCAGUCCGCUCCAAUGCUGGACGACGACCUGGACGUUUAUGGCUCUGGUAAGGCCAUGCAGCAGUUUCAGCAGCAUCAGCAACAGCAGCAGCAGCAGAAGCCUGCCAUCCCUAAGAAGGUCUAUCACUUCGACCAAGGCUUCAACCCCCAGAGUCCUUUGGACAUGGUGAAGCCUGAGCGCAGGGCGCCUCCACCUUUCCCCAACACUCCUGAAUACAUCAACCACCCAGGGAAGACGCUACCCAAGGAGCUGGUUAGCCCCCGGGGCUACAGGGGCUAUCCGACUGCAGAUCAGAUGUUCUCCUACCCCGGGCAGUCCCCGGUGAACGAGGACCCGGCCGCCCCGCAGUUCCCUGCCCAGGCGCAGCGCUCGCGCCCGGGGUUCCUGCGGAGGGCCGACUCGCUGGUCAGCUCCACGGAGCUGGCGCUCUUCCGACGCGUGGCCGAGGCCCAGGAGAUGCAGAUGCAGGCCGAGCAGCACUACGGCCGGCCCCAGUUCAAACCCAUGCUGGAGCAUCAGAACAGUAUGUCCACCCUGCAGGACCAGCAGUUCCACAAGAGGAACGGUAGGUAUGAAGAGGAUUACUCGUCCUACCAGGAGCCCAAGAAGCCCAUCAUGGGUUAUCCCACCAAGAGCUUGACUCAACGGCGCCCCCUGUCUGCACGGAGUUACAGCACCGAGACCUACGGAGCGUCCCAGGCCAGACCAGUGUCGGCUCGGCCCACGAUGGCCGCCCUGCUGGAGAAGAUGCCCUCGGAUUAUAACCUCAGCACCUGCAACGAGAAGGUCAUCAUGGACACGGCAGACAUGAAGCUGCGAGGCAUGCCCAAACCGGAGGACAUCGCCUCCAAAAUGCCCGUGGACUGGAGGCAGCAGCUCCUCAGACACAUAGAGGCCAAGCGAUUAGAUCGGAGCGCAGUCCUUAAGCACAACACAGUAAACGUCGGCAUGCUGUACUCUGGAGGCUAUGCGGCACAGCAUGCCGGCAGAAGCAUGACUUUAAACUUUUACAAUAACACAAAGCAUGAAAACCAAACUACACAGUGGCUACCUCUCCCAAAUACCCCCUCACAGCAGAGCAAUAUUUUAGAUAACGGCCAGGAAGUGGUGUCCCCCAGCAGCCAGUGGGCGCCGUACUCACUUGGCAGGAGGGACGUCCCCCCGGAGAGCCUCAUGAAGAAGGCUGCCGGCCACAGCCCCCACCAACCACAGACCAUGAUCAUGACCUCCGCCUCAGCCGCCGCCACGCCAGCCCAUCGCCAGAUCCGCGAGCAGCAGCAGCAGCAGCAGCAGCACCACCAGCAGCAACAACAUCAACAACAUCAACAACAUCAGCAACAUCAGCAACAUCAACAGCAGUCACAGCAGUAUCAGCAUCCACAUCCGCAUCAGCAUCCGCAUCAACAUCAGCAGCAGCAGCAGCAGCAGUAUCAACAUCAGCAGCAGUAUCAACCGCAGCAGCCCUACCAACAGCAGCAGCAGCAACAUCCGCAGUACGAGGGCGCCAUGAACAAGAUCUCCAUCCAGCAGUACCAGUCCCCAGUGCCACCCAUGCCCAUCACCACAACCAGCCCCCGACCCCAGAGCGCCCGCUGCCUCGUCCAGACCAAGGGCCAGAAGAGCAUGGACGGCUUCCAGGAGCAGUUCUGCGUGAGGAUCGAGAAGAACCCAGGCUUAGGCUUCAGCAUCUCAGGGGGAAUCAGCGGACAGGGGAACCCCUUCAAGCCCUCAGACAUGGGUAUCUUUGUUACUAGGGUACAGCCUGACGGACCCGCCUCCAGUGCCCUGCAGCCUGGGGACAAGCUCCUGAAGGUAACUCUGUUCCCAUUGCCACCCAUCGUCUCCUUGUCUGUGACAGUACGGCUGCCGCAUGUGGCAUCAUGUGUUGAAUGUGUGUCAAUCAAGUAAGCAUGGGCCUCUGUUUUGACUGUGUCAAACUUCCAACAUGCUUCACUUGUAUCUAAGUCUAGUCAUUCAGCUCAGCUGUUUAGUCUCCACUGUGUGAACAGCCAAGGAGAAAUUACUGGAUGUCAUUGAUCUGAUGGCAUGAGAGAUUGUGACUGAACUACGAAAGAAAGAAAAUAUUAUUUUAUUCAAGCUCUUAUCCUUUAACCCUUUGUCCUCAACUAUCCUUUCUACCUUUCCGACUUUGCAGAUUGAAUCUGGUCUUUUUUGGGUUUCAAAGGGCUAAUUCGUAUGAAGUGUGAUACUCAAACACUGAAAUUUGAUCUUAGUGUUGCAUUUUCAUUUCCAGCCCUAAAAGUAGGCCACCUGAGUUUGAAAAAGGUCAACCUGAGUUUGCUAAGGUUAUUAAUUACUAGGUAGAUAGUAACACUUUUAUUUUAUAGCAAACAUCCCCA